AUGCAAAAUUCUCACAUGGAUGAGUACAGAAAUUCUAGUAAUGGCAGCACAGGCAGCAGUUCGGAGGUAGCAGCAGUAGAACUAUCUGCUGAUUUCAGUACUGAAAUUAUGAAUGUUACUGAAAUGGAACAGUCACCUGAUGGAUCUCCUAGUGUGAAUGCAACGACGGAAGAAAAUGAAAUUCCAAGUGCCGUGGACCUCCCAGUGAUAGACUCUGAAGCAAAUUUUCCUCCAGAAUAUGAAAAGUUUUGGAAAACUGUAGAAAAUAACCCUCAGGAUUUUACAGGCUGGGUAUAUUUGCUUCAGUAUGUAGAACAGGAGAAUCACUUGAUGGCUGCCAGGAAAGCUUUUGACAAAUUUUUUAUUCACUAUCCAUAUUGCUAUGGUUACUGGAAAAAGUAUGCGGAUCUUGAAAAACGACAUGACAACAUAAAACAAUCAGAUGAGGUUUAUCGUCGGGGACUUCAGGCAAUUCCUCUUAGUGUUGACCUUUGGAUUCAUUAUAUAAACUUCUUAAAAGAGACGUUGGACCCUGGUGAUCCUGAGACAAACGGUACAAUAAGAGGAACUUUUGAGCAUGCUGUUCUAGCUGCAGGAACAGAUUUCCGGUCUGACAGACUCUGGGAAAUGUAUAUAAACUGGGAAAAUGAACAAGGAAACCUGAGAGAAGUUACAGCUAUAUAUGAUCGUAUUCUUGGUAUUCCAACACAACUGUACAGUCAUCAUUUUCAGAGAUUUAAAGAACAUAUUCAGAAUAACCUGCCUAGAGAUCUUUUAACUGGUGAACAGUUUAUUCAGCUGAGAAGAGAAUUAGCUUCUGUGAAUGGACAUAUUGGUGAUGAUGGUCCUCCUGGUGAUGAUCUACCAUCCGGAGUUGAAGACAUAACUGAUCCAGCAAAGCUUAUUACAGAAAUUGAAAACAUGAGGCAUAGAAUUAUUGAAAUUCAUCAAGAAAUGUUUAAUUAUAAUGAGCAUGAAGUCAGCAAAAGGUGGACAUUUGAAGAAGGUAUUAAAAGACCUUAUUUUCAUGUGAAACCAUUGGAGAAAGCACAGCUGAAAAACUGGAAAGAAUAUUUAGAAUUUGAAAUUGAAAAUGGGACUCAUGAACGAGUUGUGGUUCUUUUUGAAAGAUGUGUCAUAUCAUGUGCCCUCUAUGAGGAGUUUUGGGUUAAGUAUGCAAAGUACAUGGAAAACCACAGCAUUGAAGGAGUGAGGCAUGUCUUCAGCAGAGCUUGCACUAUUCAUCUUCCAAAGAAACCCAUGGUGCAUAUGCUUUGGGCAGCUUUUGAGGAACAGCAGGGUAAUAUUAAUGAAGCCAGGAAUAUUUUGAGAACAUUUGAAGAGUGUGUUCUAGGAUUGGCAAUGGUUCGUUUAAGAAGAGUAAGCUUAGAACGACGACAUGGAAACAUGGAAGAAGCUGAACAUUUACUUCAAGACGCCAUUAAGAAUGCCAGAUCAAAUAAUGAAUCCUCAUUUUAUGCUAUCAAACUGUCCCGACAUCUUUUCAAAAUACAAAAAAACUUUCCCAAAUCAAGAAAGGUGCUUCUGGAAGCCAUUGAAAGAGACAAAGAGAACACAAAGUUAUACCUCAAUUUACUUGAAAUGGAAUAUAGUGGUGACCUCAAACAAAAUGAAGAAAACAUCCUAAAUUGUUUUGACAAAGCUAUACAUGGUUCAUUGCCUAUUAAAAUGAGAAUUACAUUUUCUCAGCGAAAAGUGGAAUUUCUUGAAGAUUUUGGUUCAGAUGUAAAUAAGCUUUUGAAUGCUUAUGAUGAACAUCAAACACUCCUGAAAGAACAGGAUUCUUUAAAAAGGAAAGCAGAAAAUGGAUCAGAAGAACCAGAGGAAAAGAAAGCACACACAGAUGAUUCAGCUUCAUCUGCACAGAUGAUUGAUGGUGAUUUACAGGCAAAUCAAGCUGCAUAUAAUUACAGUGCCUGGUAUCAAUAUAAUUAUCAGAAUCCCUGGAAUUAUGGACAGUAUUAUCCACCUCCUCCAACCUGA